AUGGCUCACAUUACCACCAUCACGAGUGCGAGAACACCUCUAAACCGAAUUCAUAUAUGUCAAGCGGCAGUCCGGAUAAAAGCUCUCCGCGUGCCUGCUGUGGUCCAGGAUGGGGGUGUAGAUAGUGUGCUCCUGGACUGCGAUUACGAGCUGAGAAAUCCUUACGGCCUGGUCGUCAAGUGGUACUUUGCUCCUGAUGGCAAAAUGACUAUGCGGCCAAUAUAUCAGUGGAUAGCUGAUCAGAAGCCGCAUGCAUUGGGAGCUUUCAAAAAUUUUGUAAAUUUAUCAUACAAGGCCUCGGAUGAUCCAAACUUCAGAUAUCGUGCCAUGAACUUGUUAAAGCCGACGCGAAAUAUGUCGGGCACAUACCAGUGCGUCGUCGAGACCUAUUACGACGGAACGGCUCAGGAAUCUGCCAAAAUGCUCGUCUAUGUGCCUCAAUCGAUGCUUCUUUUGGGGCAAGAAAAAGUGGACGAUGAUACAAUAAGGGUAUUUUGUUGGGCUCAUGGUGUCUAUCCAUCACCAAUCAUAACCAUGCGAAUUGCAAAUAACGAACUAAGUGAGACAGACACCGAUAUCACGCAGAAUAAUGAUUUGUUGUUCAAAGUUCGUGUCAGUAGCGAAGUGAGGACAGAAGAGUUGCCGGAAGAUCCGGCUGAAAUGUCAUGCGAACUAUCGUUGCCGGAUACCAAUUAUACCUUCAAACAGGAAGGACUUGUUUAUAAAGGAGGUCCACCAGCGGUGUCUCCAGCUGAUCUUACAGCAGCUUCUGCAGAUUUGACGGCUGCUGCUUCCAGGAAUCACACUUUUGGUAAGUGCUAA